GUCCAUCAAAAUCAAAGAAAUAAAACAAGGUUCCCUACUCCUUCCCUCGUCCCAAUUUGGGUGAAAUGAAAUUUCAUCUUUUGUUUGAAAACUUCUGACGUAAAAAAAGCUCAAGUUUUUGCUUGAAAACGUUGGCAAACGCAGACAGUUUUUACUCUUUACUGGCUUUAUCCUCAAUUUCUGUGUCUCCAAAGUUUCACAGGUCUAUCAAGUAAAAUGUCUGAAUCUGAGCAAACCCAAACCCAAAAUCCAGACCCCAAAACACCCGAGCCCAAGGUUCGAGCAGUUGGUGUCACUGAGUAUAGCUGGUGCAGAGCCGUGCCCGGUGGCACUGGCAUCACUGUCUUGUCCCUCCUCCUCUCUAAUGUCCCCGAUAUCUCAUUUCUUGAAGCACUCCUUUGCAGGCUCCAAGUUUCUCAUCCCAUCCUCCGUUCCAGGGUCCGCUUUGAUGCUUCCUGCAACACUUUUUACUUCGUAACGCCUUCUAACCCCCAUGUUCAAAUCCAAUCCUUUGACCUUCAAUCUACUUCUCACAUACUCCAAAGCUCCCUCGGCGAUUCCCACAUCGAUUCCCACCACGUUUUACUCGAGCACGAGUUGAAUAGGAACUCAUGGAACCGCACUGAUGGUGCUGGUGAUGGUGACCAAGCUGACUGGGAUGUCUUUUUCGUCAGCAUUUACACUAUAAGCGACACAAGGUGGUUUUUGGUGUUCCGGCUACACACGUCAGCUUGUGACCGCGCUGCCGCGGUGGGUCUGUUGAGGGAAUUAUUAGAGAUGGUGGGUGGCGGAAGAGCCAAGGCGGAGGAGGAGAUAGUGCAAGAAGUGGGGAUUGAAGAUUUGAUUCCUAGUGGUAAGGCUAACAAGCCUCUUUGGGCGCGUGGGGUUGACUUGCUUGGCUACUCCUUGAACUCUUUCAGGCUGGCGAAUCUCAACUUCAUUGAUGCUAAUUCGGCUCGGCACUCUCAGGUUGUGAGGUUGAAGAUGAACCCAGAUGAUACCGACAGGCUUGUUGCUGGCUGCAAAUCAAGGGGUAUUAAACUCUGUGGAGCCCUGGCAGCUGCUGGUAUGAUUGCAGCUCGGUCCACCAAACCCUUCCCUGAUCAUCAAAAGGAAAAAUAUGCUGUUGUAACACUCAUCGACUGUCGGUCAAUUCUCGAGCCAGUGCUCAGUAGCAAUCAUUUUGGAUUUUACCAUUCUGCAAUCCUGAAUACACAUGAUGUGACCGCCCUUGAUGAAGUAUGGGAGUUAGCAAACAGAUGUUAUACGUCCUUUUCCAAUGCCAAGAACAACAACAAGCAUUUCUCCGAUAUGAAUGACCUAAACUUCCUCAUGUGCAAGGCCAUUGACAACCCUGGAUUGACUCCAUCGUCAUCUAUGAGGACUGCCUUCAUGUCGGUUUUCGAAGACCCUGUGAUUGAUGAAUCCAACAAACUGCACAAAGAAAUUGGCCUAGUGGACUAUGUGGGGUGUUCUUCGGUUCACGGCAUCGGUCCAACCAUUGCCAUAUUUGACACCAUACGAGAUGGAUGUUUGGACUGCACGUGCGUGUAUCCUGCGCCACUGCAUUCCAGAGAACAAAUGCAACAAUUGAUAGAUUCAAUGAAAAGAAUUCUUGUAGACGGUAGUAUCAAUCUGCAGACUAAUAGCUAGUUUUUCUUGUUUCAUUCUCUGAAGAAUGUUUGCUCCAUGAACAAUUUCUGUACUGGUUUUGUUAUCGUAAAUGACAAAUGAAUAAGCCAUUCUGGGAUUGUUUUAACUUA